AUGAAGCAGGAGCUCGCAGAGGAAGGCAGCAGAUGCUCCAUCCUUUCCAAGCAGCAGCGUUUCAACGAGCACUGCUGCAUCCGCUGCUGCUCGCCCUUCACCUUCCUGUUCAACCCCAGACGUCAGUGCCUGGAUUGCCAGUACAACGUGUGCAAGACCUGCUGCACCUACAGCAAGAGGGACAGAGGCUGGCUGUGCUCAGCGUGCCAGAAGGGCAGGAUCUUUAGGACGCAGUCCCUCGAAUGGUAUUACAACAACGUGAAGAGCCGCUUCAAGAGGUUCGGCAGCGCGAAGGUUCUGAAGACUCUGUACAGAAAGCACAUCAUCGAGAGAGGAACGUUCUCUGAUCUGCCAGAAAGCAGCGUUCACGACGGAAGCAAUGACAACGAUGGCAGCGUCUGCGGCAGCGACUCCGUCUUCUACAGACAGAGCGAAGGACACAGCAUGGCAGAGACGCUCACAGUCGCCCUGCGUGUUGCUGAGGAAGCUAUAGAGGAGGCCAUCGCAAAGGCAGAGGAGUUUCGGGACAGUUUGGAGAAGCAGAAUGAGGCUCGAUAUCUACGAGACCACAAAGAGGAGCUCAUAGAAGAACUUGCAACGACUAUUGUGCAAAAAAUCAUUCAGAGGAGGAAGCGAUCAGAGAUGCAGACAGAGUAUGACUUUGUCUGGCCACAACCCCAAUCUGUAACACAAACCAGCGAGCUGCCAUCUCCUUCUCAGCCUCACACUUCAUCGCAAGACCCUCUGAAAACCCCCUACCCUCUCUGGCGGUCCCGGUCAGCGUUCUCCCUCACCAGUGACGACUCCCCAGAGAAAGGUCCCGAAGAGGAGGAGGAAGAGGAGGCGGCUGCUUCUGCUGCGGGUGGUGGCAACGGUUUGCAGGAGUACGCUUCUCUGAAGAGGGAGGGCAAGGCUGCCUCCUUACCUGGCUGGAAAAGCAUGGAUCGCCUGGACAACUCAAGCACAUCCUCGGUGCUGCAGAGCCCAGACGGGAACUGGAUCGCUCUGCACAGUUCCCAGCUUUCCCGACCCAGCCUGCUCACCAAGAGGAAGAGCCUGGUGUUCAGCGUGCUGGAGAAGGAGUCCAGCGUGGUCUCCGCUUACGACGAGAUGGGCUCUGACUCGGAGCAGGAGGACGAAGGCGGCUGGGGUGCGGCGCUCCAGCAGUUUCAGCGCAAACUGUCGGACGAGACGUACUACACGGACUCGCAGCACGACCCUGAAUGGACUUACACCCAGCACCCUCCCGUUACCUCGCCGUCCUCUGGACUGUACACCAACACAGAGACCCUGAACUCGGACUCCGAGGCCUCGUCGGUGCUGUCCGCGUGUCCUCGCAAACCGACUCACGACUUGCUGAGGAAGAAAAGACAAGCCGACUCUCAUCUGCACCCUCAACAGCAGCCGCUGUGCCACCAGCACCUUCAGCAGAGCUUAUCUCCGUACGCAGCCCACACAGAAGCACUGGAUGUAAACUUUAACCCCAAGGUACUGGGAGACAGCAGUGAGGCCGACGACAGGCAGUGCGUCCGAAGAUCUCGGAGACGCAGGAAAAGUAAAAAGGAGUCGUCGACAGAGCAGAACAAGCCCGGGGGCCCGAACCACACGCAGUCCAUUUACCCUUUAGCACAGGAGAACAGCGGAUUUCUACUUCAUGCCCUGCUGAAGAGAAGUUUGAGUGAUGAGCAGCCGGUGCCUGACAGCAAUCUAGCAGCAACAGCACCAGAUGCCCUCAAACUAGAUGCCAUGACUCCCGAGCCAGAGGCCUUGGACACUGUAGCUCCAAAUUCUCCAUCCCCGAACCCCGCUCAGCUCGACUCUGUGCAGAUCGUCUGCAGGAGCUCGGGGUCCGGAUCUGGCUCGGGAGAUCCUCUGGAAGAAGAGAUACGAUCCAAACUCAGUCGGCUGGUGAGCCGAGGGACCAGCAAGGACUGCAGCUCGUCUGACGAGGAUGCCGCGCGGUCCCCUCAGGACGGACAGACGGAUAAAGACAGUGAGAAACAGAAAGAGAAAUCAGGACCAAAUGAAACAGAGAGCCAAAGGCAGCGAGAAAGCGUCAAGAGAGAGAAAGAAAGUGAAGCGAUGGAACAACUGAACGGGCAGCAGAUGAAAAGAGCCCCCGGGCUAGCGAAGAGCGCCUCGGUGCGAGAGGAAAAGACAGUUCAGGAGAGGGGUUUGGAGAAAAGAGCCAAGAGUUUUGUAGAGAACGUAGCUGAGAAGGGGCAGAAAAGAGGAGAGGUGAGCAGAGUAAGUAAGAAACAGUGUAAAAGAGAUGGAGAGAAGGAAGCAGCACAAAAAGGUGGAGGCAGGAGGAGCGGCUCCAGUGCAAGUUCCCCUGCUGUUUCACCUUCUUCCCAGGAGGGGGGGCUGUCAAACAGCCAGGUGGGGCAGAAUGACUUGGAACCACAGCAGAGGCUUCAGGUGCUCUCUUCUGUGUUGCAGCAGCAAAAGUAUUCAGCAGCCUCGCUGUGCAGCAUCACCACAGAAGUGCUGAAGGUUUUGAAUGCGACAGAGGACCUGAUCGGAGAGGCUGGGGGUGAGAGCUUCACACCGUCUGAGUCCAUGAGUGCCUCCCCCAUAUCCAGCUGCUCUGAGACACGCAGGCUGGACCAGAGGCUUACCCAGAUGGAGGAGAAUGUGUACCUGGCUGCUGGAGCUGUGUAUGGCCUGGAGGGGGCGCUGGGGGAGCUGGAGCAAUGUGCCCGGAGUAUUAGCAGUGGGACCACAGACACUGAGCUGGCCUUUCUGGAGGACCAGGUAGCUACUGCAGCAGCUCAGGUGCAGCAGUCUGAACUACAGAUAUCAAACAUCGAGGCCAGGAUUUCAGCUCUAAAAACAGCUGGGUUAAAUGUGACUGUCUGCAAUCGCUUCUCAAAGAUCAAGCCAAAGCCCAAGCCAGAAACACUGGACUCAUCGCGCCAUCAGAGGAGGAAACUACCAGCUCCUCCCUUAAAAGAAAAUUUGGAGUCAGAGCAGAAAGGUAAAGCUCUUCGGCCAUAGAGACAAGCAGCAGCACAAGUCCCUCAGGGCCAAUUUACAGAGCCUCAGGGACAGAGGCCCUUCACAUCUAGUGCCUUGACCCAGCAUCUGCCUCCAACUCUAGGCCAAGCAUGGGCCGACACCUGCCCUGCGUUCUCCGCUCUCUGCCAACCACAACAGUCGCACCUCACAGGAAAACACAACUGGCUGUUUGUCUUUUUCAUCAUUGAUCCUCAGUAUUCCCUUCCUCAAUGCACUCAUGUAAGAUGACUCAGCAUUUGGUGUAUCUGCCUUAAAAUCUGCAAACAAUCCUCAUGUUACAACUAAAAUACAGUAUAUAUACAGUAUAUCUGUACAGACAAAGAACAAUGCAUUGCCAUUUUCUAUCUGUUUGCAAGUGUUGUUACUUUAUGUAAAAUGAAGUUGUGUAAAGAUCGUGUGAAACUUUCUGUGAUUCAGUGCCCUACAAGGAAAAGGCAGUGUUUGCGCUGUCAUAUUUUUUAUUCCCAAAUAAAAUAGUAAGAGGAAAAAAGGUAAUUACCUAUUCUGCAAUACCCAUUGAAAGUUGUAGUUUAUUUUUAUUCCAUUUUACACGCUUAGAUAAAAAUCAAAUCACCAUGUGGAGAUGACUGUAAAACGUUUGGUAUUUUAACUAUUUACAAAGUAAUUAUUGCACUCGCUGUACCUGAAAACAGUGUUUUGCAUUUGCAAAGUAUCAGGGCCAAAAAAUAGUUCUCCUUUUCCUGUCACUGCAUUAUGCAGCAGCUAAAAUAAAUACAUAGCACAUUUGUGAUAUUAGUCAAUCUAAAGCUAGGAAUUAAAUAUCCUAAGAGCUGUAAUGUAGUGUAUUUUAGAUGCCAGGCCGCUAAUUAUGAUGAAGCUAAUUAACAUCCAGCAGCUAUGGAUGAUACCCAACAGCCAGUUAUCUUAUGCUACGUUCCAUUUAUCUACGAAAUCUGGACUCAUUUCUGAGGAUUACGUCACACCUGAGUUGAAUGUGUUCCAGUACGGAGUUGGAAAAACCGGCAGGAUUUGCUAAUUCUCAUAUGUAUAUUAAUCUCCAAUUUCUGUGCUCAAACACUAAAGAAACUGUUUCCAAUCUGGGGUUGUACAGUACCAUGGGCGUUGUUGGUUUAAUGAGAUAGGAACUGACAGAGCUAGGUUUAUACCCACACUUUUUAGCACAUUUUUUAUGCAUGGCAGCCAUAUUGGAUAUUGAACUCAGGGUGGUUUGAUGACCUCCAAAUUUCCAAAUCAAAAGUUGAACUUCUUAUGCUGCGUUUAGACCGAAUGCUAUUUGAACGUCAAAAAGAAGUCCAACGCCUAAACUUGGAUGCUCUGAGCAAAGUGUGGACGGACUGGUUUGACACAUAUUGGGAGGAGCUUCACUGUUUUCCUCAAACGAGGGGAAAUAUUUACAGUGUUAAAAGUUUUUCGAUUCAAAUCAGUUUUAUUUAUAUAGCGUCAAUUCCCAACAUGUCAUCUCAAGGCACUUUACUAAGUCAAAUUCAAUCAAAUCAUACAGAUUGGUCAAAACGUUUCAUAUCUAAGGAAACCUAGUAGAUUGCAUCAA